AUGCUAUCUGACCUCGAUAGCCCGAGCAACAGUGUGGCCUUUUCCAAGAAGGACUUUCGCCCACCCAAGCCAGCGCGGCCUACCCAGCGGAAGCCACCAAAUAUCCAGUCACCGACAGAGUUUGAGCAAACAGCUACGCCAGAGAAUAGUAGUAACGUAGAUAAUCAUGAGCAUCACUCGCAGGCAAAUGAGCUUCUGACUCCAUACCCGUAUGAAAACCACAAAUUGGACGCAUCCACAUCGCGUACAACCAAUCACCAGCAAAUGAAAGGGGGACAAGACACUCCAGGUUCUGCAACCUCGCCCUUUACCAAUCGUCGACCUCCGAUAAAUCAGAGAGUACGCUCGCAAUCAUUCACAUCUCCCGUGCACAAGUUGAAAAGUCUCAAAGAGGCAAAAUUGCUCCAUCAUUUCGUAGCGAUCCUUGCACCAUGGUUCGACGUGUCAGACCCAAAGCGUCAUUUUGCAACGGUCGCACCCUGUCUCGCCAUCAAAUCUCCCGUGCUAAUGAAUGCAAUCCUCGGUAUCUCCGCUCUACAUAUCAGCUACAUGGCAGACUACAACCUAAUAGACUCCGUGCUCUACCACGAUUCAGAAGACGCCGUCCGAUAUCAUGAUCUCUGCAUCGAGUCCAUGGUCCCGCUACUGAAUGACGACAAUCAAAUCAAGGACGACGCUUUGCUGAUCACCUCAAUGAUCUUGGCACUACACGAGGACUUAGUCAAUGGCGCCGACUCCGUAACUCACAUCAUCGGGACAUCACUCUUUCUACCAAGCACACUACUUUCAACACGACUCAGACGAGCAGUAUUCUGGUGUCACCUUCGUCAAGAAAUUUACGCGGCGUGCAGUCAGCAACGACCAGUCAGUAUAGACUUGGCUCGUUCGCCCCUAGAGGUUUCCUUCGAACCUGUCGAUGAUGAAAUUUGGGCGCAAAGAGCUAUUUACAUAUGCGGAAGGGUUGUGCAAUGGGCGUUUGGCGAGGAGAGUCCAAUCGCAUUGUGGCGUGACUUGAACCACCUAGUUGAGGAGUGGGAUCAGUGGAGACCCGGGAGUUUUGAUCCCAUCUUCUAUCAGGACCGGGAUCCCUCCCAAGGUCGAUGGUUUCCUGAAGCCUGUCACCUCACGGACGAGCAUGUCACCGGUAUCCAAUUCAUGAAGAUUGCGAAAGUUCUGCUGACGACACACGAUCCCACGAUCCCAAAAAUUGGGCACAGGAUGAAAGCUGCAACAAAUGCGAUGCAGGAGAAGGCCAGGGAUCAUGUCAGACUGCUAUGCGGUAUUGGUUUGCACAACACUUUCGUCCCUGGCUGCUUCUAUGCCAUGCUUGCCGUAAAGAUGUGUGGACACUUGUUUGAAGAUAAGGAUGAGCAGAGGCAACUGCUUAGACUAAUGAGAAUUACGGAAGAAAGAAGCAGCUGGCCAAGGCGACAAGCGGUCACAAUGCUGAAGGAGGAAUGGGGCUGGCAAGCUGAGGACGGGGAUGAGAACGACCCGCCUACCCUGGACGCAUUGGCUCCCUAA